GAUAUCUUCCUCUGCAUUCAAGUCUUCCCACUGGCGAUCGACCACAUCUGAAUCGAUGUGCUUGUCUUCUGCCAAGUCGAGCUCAUCUACGGCACCCCAUAAGCGUGUGAUAGCUUUCUCCAGCCGCACUCGCUCCUCUUCCUCAGGAUCAAGACCACAGUCAAAGUCAAUACUACCCAUCUCGACAUCUUCCCACAUCCGCGCUUCCGACGCAGACAUCUCGCUUUUCUCAAGUCCCGUCAGCUUCUCGCGCGCAGUGAUGUAUGCAGGCCUGAGCGUUGAGGAACCGCCGUCUGCCUCCAGGGUGCGUAACUCCGCCUCAUAUUGCUCAGUUCGUUCUUUAAUCUCUUUUUCCUUGGCUCGGCGAGCUUCAUAUUUCUUGGCAUUCAAGAGGGGGCACACUUAAUACAUCGGAACUUCUUCGUCUCAGGAGACUGUUCAAAGUCUUGAAAAAAUCAACCGGCAUACUUCUGUUGAUACGGGAGCGAUGGCCAGGACAAGUCUUAAUUCCGGAGCUGCAAAAGGUAAAGCAUUCGGAAGCCACGACUUGAAUGUGGCAAACGCGACCGUGCGAAUAUCGAGUAAUCUGCCACAACGCGUCUGCUUAUAAAGAGUAUUGCCUCGAAAUGAGCCGUUCUGAAGCCACCAUCAAACGCUUCAAAUCUGCAAUGGCACCCAACGAGAGCCCCGACCACACCGCUGAUUCUUUGCCGCUACAGCGAAAGCGGGCGCGCAUGGAUGCUGAUCAUCCAGGCGACGAUGCAGAGUCUCUAACAAAUGAAGGCCAUGAAAAUAUCGAUCCGACUCUCCUGAACGACACAACGGGAACUGUGUCCUUCAAUUCACCCGAGGUCCUUCAAUUUCACGCAGGUGCCACCGCAAGCACGCCCGACAAUGGCCGCCUCCGGCAUUUUGCGCACCGUUACUCGAAGAAGCUCAAGCUUACAAAAGAACAACAAGAGCGGGGUGAUGACUUCAAUGCGCGCGGCAUGCCGGAGCGCCUGUACAUCAUAUGGGCGGAUCAACAAGCUAUCCUCAACAAACUCGACAAGAUCAUCACCGCCCAGCCCCCCUACACUGUUUCGAAUAGCCUUAAGAAAUCCAUCGACAAAUAUGUACUUGCGACGCUUCUAUCGUCGAAGAUAUCGCAUUACAAAGGCGACGUCCCUCGUAUCUAUGUUGAAGAUUUACUCAAGAAAUAUCAGGCGCACGAGCUCCCGAAGGAUCUCGAACGCAACCCAGCCGACUGGAGCAAGGUGCAAACGUAUAUUCAAUAUUCAUUGACACAGCUUCGGUCGAAGUGGAAGAAAGCAAUCGCAACCAGCCUCAAGAAUAAAGACAAGUCUAAAUGCACCAAUAUCUACAAGCUGGCGAAGACUUUUGCCACCAGCAAGAACACGGUUACCGCCCAAUUGUGUGCUCGAGUUGCUGUCAUGAGGGAAGUGUACAAGGAGAAGUAUGGCACUGCACAUGACGGAGAAAACGAAGAGGAAGAGGCUGACCCCUCUGAUUACUGGCUUGCUGUCAACGGUCGACUCGAGCUCAUGCGGGAGCUUGCUGAAGGUGAUCAAGGGAAGAUGAAUCGAGCAUUGAAGAUGGUCCUGGAGGAAGACCGCAAGGCGUAUGGAGUGUAUGUCGAGUCAGAGAGGGCUGAAGAGGUUGAAGAAGAAGAGGACUCACUGCAGCAAGUGGUGGAUGAAGUCAUCGAGGAGGAUGUGUAGGCUCAGUCGGGGCAGCGGGGUGGUUCUGUUGUCCCCCUCAUGUUGAUGUAUUACGGAGUGUAAUAUUCAUUUGCG